AGAUUUUGUGUGAAGAUUUCUCCUUUUCAGAAAAAGCUUUUUGUAAGCCUCAGUCGGCGAUCUUGGAGUUGAACGUCUUGCAGUGAGUGGUGUCGGAGCUCACCAAGAUGGCCCAGUACGAUCUCACCUCCGAGGUGGGAAAAUAUCUGGAUCGCCAUUUAGUGUUUCCUUUGCUGGAAUUUCUGUCCGCCAAGGAGAUUUACGAUGAGAGGGAGAUGCUUCAAGCCAAGGUGGAGUUGCUUUCCAGCACUCAGAUGGUAGACUUUGCCAUGGAUGUGUACAGCCAGCUUCACCCAGAUACAAAUCCCCCAGAGAGUAUGGUGGAUAAAAGGUCCAAAGUUGUACAGCGCCUGAAGGAAUUACAGGAGGCAACGUCACACGUGGUCGCAGUUUUGGCAGAUACAGAGACACAGCACAGAAUUUCUACAAUCAGAGAACAGUCGCAGCUUGUCGAGAUGCUUGAAAAAGAGUUCAAUAUCAAGCCAGACUCAUUUGUCGACCUGUACGAAUUGGCCAAAUUCCGCUAUGAGUGCGGUAACUACCAGGGCUCUGCCGAAGUCUUGGAAAUCUUCAGACAGCUGAUUCCACCGACAGACGAGAACAUGCUGAACACAUUGUGGGGAAAGCUGGCUUCAGAGAUUUUGAUGCAGAACUGGGAUGUGGCUCUGGAGGAGAUUACCAAGCUCGCUGAACACAUCGACAAUCACAUUUCUGUAACAGCACCCCUGGAGGUACUUCAGCAGCGCUCGUGGCUGAUCCACUGGAGCCUGUUUGUGUACUUCAACCAUCCGAAAGGAUGCGAUGGUCUUAUCGACCUCUUUCUGCGUAACCAGUCUUACCUGAACGCUAUUCAGACAAUGUGCCCGCACAUCCUGCGCUACUUGACCACGGCCAUCAUCACCAGUCACAGAAGCCGCCCCGACGGCACUGCAAUCCUCAAGGACCUGGUCAAGGUUAUCCGACAGGAAUCCUACUCGUACAGUGACCCCAUCACUGAGUUUGUCGAGGCUCUCUAUGUGAGCUUUGACUUUGACGGUGCGCGGGAAAAGCUGGUAGAGUGCGAACAGGUUCUGGAGCACGAUUUCUUCCUGGUUGCAUGCCAAGAGACGUUCGUUGAGAAUGCCCGUCUUCUUAUCUUUGAGAUCUUCUGCCGCAUUCACCAGUGCAUCAGCAUCGACAAACUGGCACAGAAACUGAACAUGACUCCAGAGCGUGCCGAGCAGUGGAUCGUAGACUUGAUCCGCAAUGCACAUCUCAAUGCCAAGAUCGACUCUGAGAAGGGUCAUGUUGUCAUGGCCGCUCCUACGCCAUCAGUCUACGAGCAGGUCAUCGAGAAGACCAAGGGACUGUCCGUGCGUGCACAGAGUGUGAUGCAGGCCACCGAGAAGAAGGGCUACCGAUAACUGAUCACUGUGUCUGACUCCUCCACCAAGCUCUCAGUCCGCCGUCCGUCUGGCUCUACUGCUUUUUAUACUUUCGAAAAGUGAAUAAAAAAAUUGUAAAAUGAAAA